AUGACCGACUGGCAAAUCACACCGUAUCUCUUCCUUGAUUCCUUCUCUGAGGAGGAAGAUGGAGACACUGACGAGAGUAGCAGGGUGGCACCACAAAAUUAUCCCCCCAGGGGUGGUGCCAGCUCAUCCCAUUAUGCCUCUCCCCCGUCUUAUCAUCAACAGUAUAUGGGUGAAUUCCAAUCAAUCCAAUCCAUCUCUGAGGAGGAAGAUGGAGACACUGACGAGAGUAGCGGGGUGGCACCACAAAAUUAUCCCCCCCCAGGGGUGGUGCCAACUCAUCCCAUUAUGCUUCUCCCCCGUCUUAUCAUCAACAGUAUCUGGGUGAAUUCCAGUCAAUCCAUACCUGCCUCGGCACCUACCAGCAAGAUAUUACAAGCAUCACUCAGAGUUUCUCUUCCUUCACCACCCAGUACGCUUGGGAUCAAGAGUGCCAGCGUAAACAUGAGGAGGACUUUUAGGCUUGGACUCGAAACUCCGAUUACUACCCUUAUCCUCCUCCUCCUCAAUAGGUUGUUCUGCCCUCUCCAAGCAUCAGGGAUGAUGCUUAUCUUUACGCUUGGGGAGGGGUAG